UGAUAAGGUUAAGUUCUAUCUUAUGUAAGAUUGUGGGGUUUUCUUAGUAUGUUCAUCAGGCUUCAUGAUUCCACCUUUGGAUGGGUUUUCUUCAAAUUAGUAGUGCCUGCCGGCAUUCUUCAGAAAUGAAUGAAUGUAGUCCAGGCUAACAGAUGAAGAACGAAUAUGCUCUUGGAAGAUCACAGGACUAUGACAAGUUCGACGGUGGGGAAUGGCUGUAGAUUAAAACAAGACAAGAACAAACCAGAAAACUCAUCCGAGGGGAGAUCAUCCCUGUGGAACAGCGACAGCCAGGAAACAUGACAAAAAAUUGGAUUUAUCAGAUGGUUAUGGCUUCA